CCCCGGGCGAGGCUGACAGAUCACCGCGGUGGGUGCAAGAUGGCGCAAGCGGCGCUCCCCUUGCGCCCCCGGCGCUCCUAGGCAGGCAUGUGGCCCCAGCCCGCCGCCGCCCGGGCUCGGCCCCGGCCGGAGCCCCGGCCCCGGCCCCGGAGCCGGCCCCGCGGGACGCUGUGAGCCGCCAGAGGCCCCGGAGCCGCCAGUCGCCGAGCCGAGCGGACCGAGAGCCCCAUGGCUGCUCCGCGCGCCGCGCCCCCGCGCAGCCCGCCCGCGCCGCGCCGGCCCCGGCUCCUGCUGCCGCUGCUGCUGCCGCUGCUGCUGUCCGCGCCGAGCGACGGUCUUGGCCACUCGGCUGAACUGGCAUUUGCUGUGGAGCCAAGCGAUGAUGUUGCAGUCCCUGGGCAGCCUAUAGUGCUGGGCUGCAGAGUGGAGGGGACCCCUCCGGUGCGGAUUACCUGGAGGAAGAAUGGGGUGGAGCUGCUCAAGAGUACCCACUCCACCUUGCUGGCCAAUGGGUCCCUGGUGAUCCAUCACUUCCGGCUGGAUCGGGGAGGCAACCCUUCAGAUGAGGGUGACUAUGAGUGUGUGGCUCAGAACCGCUUUGGGCUGGUGGUCAGCCGGAAGGCUCGAAUCCAGGCUGCAACCAUGUCCGACUUCCACGUGCAUCCCCAGGCCACCGUGGGAGAGGAGGGCGGUGUGGCCCGCUUCCAGUGCCAAAUCCACGGGCUGCCCAAACCCCUCAUCACGUGGGAGAAGAACAGAGUCCCCAUCGACACGGACAAUGAGAGGUACACACUGCUGCCCAAGGGAGUCCUGCAGAUCACAGGACUUCGGGCUGAGGACAGUGGUGUCUUCCACUGUGUGGCCUCGAAUGUUGCCAGUGUCCGGGUCAGCCACGGAGCCAGGCUCACCGUGUCAGGCUCAGGCUCCGGGGCCUACAAGGAGCCAAUGAUACUCGUGGGGCCUGAGAACCUCACCCUGACGGUGCACCAGACCGCGGUGCUCGAGUGUGUCGCCACGGGCAACCCGCGCCCCAUUGUGUCCUGGAGCCGCCUGGAUGGCCGCCCCAUUGGGGUGGAGGGCAUCCAGGUGCUGGGCACCGGCAAUCUUAUCAUCUCCGAUGUGACUGUCCAGCACUCCGGCGUCUAUGUCUGUGCAGCCAACAGGCCGGGCACCCGGGUGAGGAGAACAGCACAAGGCCGGCUGGUGGUGCAAGCCCCAGCCGAGUUUGUCCAGCACCCCCAGUCCAUCUCCAGGCCAGCUGGAACCACAGCCAUGUUCACCUGCCAAGCCCAGGGUGAGCCGCCCCCUCAUGUCACAUGGUUGAAGAAUGGACAGGUGCUGGGGCCAGGAGGCCACGUCAGGCUCAAGAAUAACAACAGCACCCUGACAAUUUCUGGAAUCGGCCCUGAGGAUGAGGCCAUCUACCAGUGCGUGGCCGAGAACAGUGCUGGCUCCUCUCAGGCCAGUGCCAGGCUGACCGUGUUAUGGGCUGAGGGGCUGCCCGGGCCCCCCCUCAAUGUGCAGGCCGUCUCUGUGUCGUCCACUGAGGUCCGCGUGUCCUGGAAUGAGCCCCUGGUCAACACCAAGGAGAUUAUCGGCUAUGUCUUGCACAUCAGGAAGGCUGCUGACCCUCCAGAGCUGGAGUACCAGGAGGCAGUCAGCAAGAACACCUUUCAGCACCUGGUGAGCGACCUUGAACCCUCCACUGCCUACAGCUUCUACAUCAAGGCCUACACGCCGAGGGGGGCCAGCUCAGCCUCUGCCCCCGUGCUGGCCAGCACCCCGGGUGAAGCACCCGCCCCACCCCCGUUGUCGGUGCGGGUCCUGGGCAGCUCCUCGCUGCAGCUGCUAUGGGAGCCCUGGCCCCGGCUGGCCCAGCAUGAGGGAGGCUUCAAGCUGUUUUACCGCCCAACAAGCAGGGCCUCCUUCACCGGCCCUGUCCUGCUGCCCGCAACGGUCUCCUCCUACAACCUCAGCCAGCUCGACCCCACUGCGGUGUACGAGGUGAAGCUACUGGCCUACAACCAGCAUGGGGAGGGCAAUGCCACAGUCCGCUUUGUGUCUUUGAGAGGAGCAUCUGAGAGGACAGCCCUGAGCCCACCGUGUGACUGCCGGAAGGAGGAACCCGGCAACCAAACGUCCACCACGGGCAUCGUCAUUGGCAUCCACAUCGGGGUCACCUGCAUCAUCUUCUGUGUCCUCUUCCUCCUGUUCGGCCAAAGGGGCAGGGUCCUCUUGUGUAAGGAUGUAGAAAACCAGCUCUCCCCUCCUCAGGGCCCCCGGAGCCCAAGGGAUCCUGGCCUCCUGGCACUGAAUGGGGCGGGACGGGCAGAGCGGGGCCAGCUGGGCCGAGAUAAGAAGCGUGUGGACGUGAAAGAACUGGAGCAGCUGUUCCCCCCAGGUGGGGCAGGGGGGCGGCAGGACCCCAGACCCAUGCAGGAUCCUGGGGACCCUGCCCUGUGCGAGGAGACCCAGUUCUCCAUGCUGCCACUUGAGGGAUUCAGCCUUCUGGAGGAGCUGACGUCAGAAGCCAAGGCACCGUGCGCAGGCCCCGCAGCUGCCCUGCCACCCCGGGACCGAGGCCCAGGCCUCCUCAGUGAAGGACCGGCUACUCGGGCCUCCACAGCACCAGCUGCCCAGCCAGCUUGCUCAGGCCAGUAGCCAGUGUCUGGCAGGCUCCACAGGGGGCAACUCCCCAUUCUCAGGUCAAAGGCAAGAUUUCUCCUGUCAUGUGGGACUCGGACAGGGGCUUCCCAGCAUUUCUGUCCUGACUACCCCUCAGGUUGUCAAGACCUAAGUAGCCUCAGCAGGGGACCCCGCCCCCCCAGAACCUGGAGGGGUUCCUUCGGGAGCCCCUCACCUCUGCCUGGAACCCACAUGACUUGGAACUGAACUAAUGUUUUCCUUUAAAAAAAAAGAGGAAGGCAAAUUAGACUCCAAAAAUACGCCCCUGCUGUGGCUGGGACCCUGAUGCUGUCACCCUCCACUGACCUUGUUUUCUCAGGAUGGAUUUUUGCUGUUUGGCUCUCAGUACCUACCUCAGCCGGAAUGAAUGUUCUUGGGGGAGUUGGGCCAUGGCCUCAGCCCCUGUCCCCAAACAGAGCCCCAAAUGCACUCCUACCUCAAGCCCCUGUAGGGGCACCCCCUUUCCCUCCCCAUAUUGUUGUCAAGAGUUUAAAAAAAAAAAAAAAAAAGCACUUCCCCAUUUCCAGGUGUGAAAGAAAACAUCUACCUCAAGGCUCGCUGGCUGUCCGGGCCUGUGUUGUAUCACUGGACCCUCCUCCUGCGAGGAGGCCAGAGGCUAAGUCACCAAGGGCGGGCCUCUCAGGAACUACAGAGAUAAAGAUGGAAUUGGUCAAAGAAAAUGUGAAAAAAAGCCAAAAAUGAGAGGAAAAUACGUUCCUUGAAGUAUAAAUCGCUCCAAACCAGCCAUCUCCCAGCACGCUGCCGCUGCUCCACCUUGUCUGUCUGUCCACUCCAGUUCUGACCCCCUCAGCCCACUGAUCCUGGGAUCCCGACGAUCCUCUCUCUGCCUGGGCCUGAGGAGCUGCUGGUGUCACCCUGCGGCCGGCCUCCUGUCCUGCCCAGAGCCACGGAGCCCCUGGAGCAUACUGGGCGUGACGGGUGUGUGCGCGCGUGUCAGACAGGGAGAGUUCCCCGGCACGGGUGCCCAGCACUCUAGCCCCUGGGACACAGCCUGUUUGACCUAACCCCUGGACAGUGGAACCACCACUGUCAGCAGAUAUGGCUGGAAGAUAUUUUUAUACAAGGUGUGUUUAAAGAUUUAUGUUCUUGUGGCUUCUUGUUCUUCCUGUUGUGUUGUUUUCAAUAUACUUAAAGGUAGAAAAAAAAAACCCUAGGAAAAAAAAAAAACCCAAGGAAACAAAUACCUAUUUUUGGUUAAUUCAUUUUUUUAAAUAGAAAGCUUUUUUUUUUAAAGGAAAAAAAAAAAAAGAUAAGUGUAUUCCUUAAGUAUGAGAUUAGAACAUAAAGUCCCUGACCCUCACCCCUAAAGUUUAGUUAACUAGCUGAAGAAGGUAGAAUUUGUGGUGUUUUCCUAGAAGACUGAGUCAUGUUCGUGUCGACUCGGGAACGGGCAGCCUGCCCCUUCUCCCAAAUGCUGGGCCUGUGCCGAAGGCCCCUCAACACUCCCACUCUGUCUCUGCAUUGACCUCCCUGCAGCCCCUUCAUCCCACAACCCCCUCCCCCAAGGGAAGAGCGGUCUGGGGUAGGAUGGGGAGCCCGCAGGCCUGAUGUGACCUGACUUUUGUCACACACUCAUUCUGACUGAAUAAAAGUCCUGUUGCCAAAGUGAA